GCUUGUCAGUGCGCGGAGCGAACAACACGCGAGUUCGCGGUCAUAGGCUCGAACGAACAUCGAAUCGACGGUCAGUGCGGUGACCAUGAUGAUGGACAACGGGGUGAUAACAAAUAACUAUGAUGGCUACCCUGACGGGUACAUGGAACAGGAGGAGGAGUGGGAGCGUGAGGGUCUCCUAGACCCGGCUUGGGAGAAGCAACAGAAAAAGACCUUUACGGCAUGGUGCAACAGCCACCUCCGCAAAGCCGGCACCGGCAUCGAGAACAUCGACGAGGACUUCCGUAAUGGCCUGAAACUCAUGUUGCUGCUGGAAGUCAUCUCCGGCGAAACCCUGCCCAAGCCCGACCGCGGCAAGAUGCGUUUCCACAAAAUCGCGAAUGUCAACAAAGCUUUGGAUUUCAUCGCCUCCAAAGGCGUAAAGCUGGUAUCGAUUGGUGCCGAAGAAAUAGUCGACGGCAACCUCAAAAUGACACUGGGUAUGAUCUGGACUAUCAUCCUGCGAUUUGCCAUUCAAGACAUCUCAGUAGAGGAAAUGACAGCUAAGGAAGGUCUGCUUCUCUGGUGCCAGCGCAAAACCGCUCCAUACAAGAACGUCAACGUUCAGAACUUCCACCUGUCCUUCAAGGAUGGUCUGGCGUUCUGUGCCCUCAUCCACAGGCAUAGACCCGACCUUAUCGACUACAGCAAACUCUCCAAGGAUAAUCCGCUGGAGAACUUGAACACGGCCUUCGAUGUGGCCGAGAAGUACCUUGACAUCCCCAGAAUGUUAGACCCCGACGACCUAAUAAACACUCCAAAGCCGGAUGAGCGCGCCAUUAUGACCUAUGUGUCAUGUUACUACCACGCCUUCCAAGGCGCGCAACAGAACACUGCGAUGCCGGACGAGAGGGCUGUCAUGACCUACAUCUCGUCCUACUACCACUGCUUUUCUGGCGCACAAAAGGCUGAAACGGCCGCGAACCGUAUUUGCAAAGUUCUCAAAGUCAACCAAGAGAACGAACGCCUCAUGGAAGAGUACGAGCGUCUUGCCAGCGAUCUUCUCGAAUGGAUCCGUCGCACGAUGCCCUGGUUGAACAGCCGCCAGACCGACAACUCACUUGCCGGCUGCCAGAAGAAACUGGAAGAUUAUCGUACUUAUAGGCGUAAACACAAGCCGCCCCGCGUGGAGCAGAAGGCCAAGCUAGAGACCAACUUCAACACCCUGCAGACCAAAUUGCGUCUUAGCAAUCGCCCCGCGUAUAUGCCCACCGAAGGAAAGAUGGUCUCUGACAUCGCAGGAGCCUGGAAGGGCCUGGAAAUUGCCGAAAAGGCGUUCGAGGAAUGGCUCCUCAGUGAGAUGAUGCGCCUUGAACGCCUCGAAUACCUCGCCCAAAAGUUCAAACAUAAAGCCGACAUCCAUGAGGACUGGACCAGGGGCAAAGAAGAGAUGCUCCAAUCUCAGGACUUCCGUCAGUGCAAGCUUAACGAAAUCAAGGCGCUGAAGAAGAAGCACGAAGCCUUCGAGUCUGAUCUUGCCGCGCACCAAGACCGCGUUGAGCAAAUAGCUGCUAUUGCCCAAGAACUCAACACUCUGGAGUAUCACGACGUGGCGAGCGUGAACGCGCGCUGCCAGCGCAUCUGCUCGCAGUGGGACCGCCUGGGCGCGCUCACGCAGCGCCGCCGUCACGCCCUGGACGACGCCGAACGCGUGCUGGAGCAGAUCGACCUUCUGCAUCUCGAGUUCGCUAAACGUGCUGCGCCUUUCAACAACUGGUUGGAUGGCACCCGCGAGGACCUGGUAGACAUGUUCAUCGUGCAUACCAUCGAGGAGAUCUCUGGCCUCAUGGAUGCUCACGCACGCUUCAAGGCUACACUUGGCGAGGCCGACAAGGAGUACCAGGCCAUCGUUAACUUAGUGCACCAAGUCGAAUCCAUCGUCAAGCAGCACCAAAUCCCUGGUGGUUUGGAAAACCCCUACACAACUCUUACUGCCCACGAGCUGAAUCGCAAGUGGUCAGACGUAAGGCAGCUGGUACCCCAGCGCGACGGCACUCUCGCCGCCGAGCUUCGCAAACAGCAGAACAACGAGAACCUGCGUCGCCAGUUCGCCGAGAAAGCCAACGCCGUUGGACCCUGGAUCGAGAGGCAGAUGGACGCCGUCACAGCCAUUGGCAUGGGUCUACAAGGCUCAUUGGAAGACCAGCUGCACCGACUCAAGGAGUACGAGGCUGGCGUAUACGCGUACAAGCCACACAUCGAGGAACUCGAGCGUAUCCACCAGGCAGUCCAGGAGGGCAUGAUCUUCGAGAACAGAUAUUCACAGUACACAAUGGAAACACUCCGCGUCGGCUGGGAACAACUCUUGACUUCUAUCAACCGCACUAUCAACGAAGUCGAGAACCAAAUCUUGACGCGCGACUCAAAGGGCAUCACUCAAGAACAGCUUACCGAAUUCCGCGCUUCUUUCAACCACUUCGACAAGAACCGUACCGGCCGCCUGGCGCCUGAGGAGCUAAAAUCGUGUCUAGUCUCGGUCGGAUACAGCAUUGGCAAGGACAGGCAAGGCGAACUAGACUUCCAGCGCAUAUUGGCCGUUGUCGACCCCAACAACACAGGUUAUGUGUCGUUCGAUGCGUUCCUGGACUUCAUGACUAGGGAAUCUACAGACACAGACACUGCUGAGCAGGUCAUUGACAGCUUUAGGAUCUUAGCUGGCGACAAGCCCUACAUCACCGCUGAAGAGCUCAGACGUGAGCUUCCACCUGACCAAGCAGAGUACUGCGUUGCACGUAUGCCUCCAUAUCGCGGGGGUAACGCACCACCCGGUGCAUUGGAUUACAUGGCUUUCUCUACCGCACUAUAUGGCGAGACCGAUCUUUAGACACAGGUCAGAAGAAACAUCAUCGGUCAUCACCUCGACGUCAUCUCUCUCUCGAUGCUACUUAGGAGAAUUAAGAAGACGCGCCUAAUCACCGCUCUACACUAACC